UUUUGUUUCUUUUCCCUCGCAUCACUCAAUCUCACCUCCUAGCCUGCGGGCAUUGUGCCCUUUGCCCUCCCUCCUGCUCUUCAGAGCCCCUUCACCCGGCCUUCAUCGCCUUGCUUGCGCAGUCUCCCUCCUCACCACAUCUGCACCACGCACGAUGUUCCACCUCCUCUCCUCCCUCUACACCGACCUUACAACGCGGCCGCGAUUUAACAUCCUCUUUCUCGGCGGGCCAAGCAGCGGCAAGACGUCUCUUCUUGCCGUGCUCAAAGAAGAGUAUGUCGAGCCGCCGAAGCAGCGAGGGGAAGCAGAGGGGAGUGGAAUGAGAAGAAGGAGGCAGCAGGAGGCCCUACCGAGGACUAGACCAACAGUAGGGCAGAACGUCUUGGAUAUCGUGGCGCCGAGCUUGCCAGAGGAGCCCAUGUCAGAGGAUGCGGAAGGAUCAAGCAGUGCUCUGAGGGGGCUUCAACAGAUUUGGCCACGCCCUCCUGCGGCCGAAUCGUUGCCCUCGUCACCCAGCGUCGCCUCUACCAGCAAGGGAGGCUGGUUCUCCUCAUCCUCACCCUCACCAGCCACGCUGACCCACCAGGCCGUGCGAACCACUUCUGUACUACACAUUUGGGAUCUCGGAGGCGAUCCAUCUCUCCGCCCAAUCUGGCGCGAGUACUACAAGGAGGCGCAUGCGGUGAUCUACUUUUGGGAUGUAGCGAGUGCGCAGGGCAGGGAGGACGAAUGGGAGACGCUGAGGACGUUGAGUGAGGAAGGGGCACUGAGAGGGAAGCCCGUACUUGUUGUCCUGAGUAGGGGAGAUAGAGGUGCUGCGAGUGGGAAGGAGGGGCGGACGAGGGGCGGCAGAUCAGCUGAGGGAGACGGUGGGGCGACGUUAUCGCCGCAGGAGGAGCAUGAGGAGGGAGACCUCAGCCUUAGCAUGGACGAUCCGAGACGGAGUGGUCUAGACGGCAUCAUCACCGAGAACGAUGCUGCAGCGGAGGAGGCUCGCCCCACUGCACCAGAUCACGCCGACCAAAAACCGGACGACGCCUCCAAGCCGGCCGGCACAGCUGCCACCCUCUUACGCUCGACUACGCAGGACGACGUCCUCGAAUCACUCAAAGCCUUCAUUGAAUCGCACAUUGAGGCGCACGUCGUGGAGGAGAUAGGAAACGCGAGUGUUGACUCGAGCAGAAGUGCGAACACCGCGAAGGCCGGAGGAGGGGAUGGAGCAGCGCAGAAGGUUGAAGGAGGAGACGGCGGUGCCGGAGAGGAGCAAGGCGGUGCGGACGAGGCAGAAGAUGACGCGGACGAUGAAGGUUCCCUCGAUGACGAGGGCCCACCACAGCUAUUCCCACCCACAACGCUCCUGCCUCUCAGUCUCGUCGAGGGGUAUGGCGAGCGGGACGUCAUGCGCUGGAUGAUAGCUCGCAGCCUUGAAGCGGCAAAGGCUCGGAGGUAGUCAAGUCAAGCCAAGCCAAGCCAAGCUAAGCCACGUCGACCUGUUGUCUUGCAUCUUCCCCAUUUCCUGUAAUAGAAGAAUGCCCACAAUUGAAUACCCCAAGUGGAAUGACACUCGCACGGUCACAAGACACCACGCAGCCCAUCAAUAUCUCGCGUCGUCUUGCACCUCCUUGUACCU